AUGACAGCUUAUGACUCUCCCUUCAGGUCUCAAACCAAUUGGUCUCAAAUGGGUUUUAAAACAAAGAGAGAUGCAGAAGGCAAUGUCGUGAAGCAAGAGGCGCGUUUGGUGGCAAAGGGAUAUGUUCAAAGGCAGGGAGUAGAUUUUGAAGACGCAUUUGCUCUGGUGGCCCGAAUUGAAACCAUUCAACUACUGUUGGCUUUGGCAGCAAUGAAAGCUCAACCAGAUGGGUUCGUGGUGAAAGGAAAGGAACACAUGGUGUAUCGACUUCAUAAAGCUCUAUACGGCUUACGCCAAGCUCCUCGAGCUUGGAAUACUCGUCUUGACAGAGAACUUAAAGAAUUGGGUUUUCUAAAUUACCCACAUGAGCAAGCCGUGUAUCAAUUUAAUAACUCCAAAUUUAUUUUGUUGGUUGGUGUAUAUGUAGAUGACUUGAUUGUUACAAGUUCAAGUGAAGAACAAAGUGCAACUUUUAAAGAGAAAAUGAAGCAGCUUUUUGAGAUGAGUGACUUGGGUCACUUAACAUAUUAUUUGGGGAUCGAAGUCCGACAAACGAAAACGGGAAUCGAAUUAAAGCAAGCUGGGUAUGCAAAGAAAAUAUUGCAAUCAGCAGGCAUGCUUGACUGCAAUUCUACGAAGACUCCCAUAGAACCAAAGUUCAGUUUGUCAAAGGAUGCAGACGGAGUUCCGGUGAACGCUACAGAUUAUCGUCGCCUCAUCAGGUGUUUACGUUACCUGAUUUAUACGAGACCUGACCUCGCUUACUCAGUCGGGGUUGUCAGUAGAUACAUGAAUACGCCAAAAGAGAGUCACCUGAAAGCGGUGAAACAGAUUCUACGUUAUGUGAAAGGUACUUUGCAGCUUGGUCUAAUUUAUCAAAGAGGUGGCGAUGGGAAGCUAAGUAGGUACAGUGACAGUAGUCACAACAUGGAUCGGGAUGAUGGGAAAGGCACAACAAGAACUAUGUUCUACUUCUCAAACAACCCGAUUAGCUGGCCGUCACAAAAGCAACAUACGGUGGCCCUAUCUUUUUGUGAAGCUGAGUUCAUGGCAGCAACGGCGGCGGCGUGCCAAACUGUGUGGUUGAAAAAUCUGCUCAAGGACCUAACCGGUUGGGAAAGCUCAAGUGUUAGGUUGUAUGUCGAUAACAAUCAGCAAUCGCCUUAA